CCCUCUUCUCCCUCCCCAGCCCCAAACAUUCCCCACGCAGGCCCACCCUGAUGGGGCGUUUCCGUGUCUUUCUCUGACGUCACUCCGCGGAGUCCACCUCUUGAGCUGGAAACCCCUCUUGAUUUCCUCUCCAAUUCCUUCAAGUAGUACUAAAUGAAAUCUUCAGUGUCAUUUCUGAAGAGAAGUGAAUUUAAUUGAAGCAUAAAAUGAAUUGGUUCCUGAUAACACAGGAAUUGAGCUUCCAAAAAUUCAUGAAGCAGUCAGCAUAUAUGGAAGAACUUAAGUAUGAUUUCAAUGAAAAGGCUGAAUUGAGACACAUAGAAACACAUGAGCCCUUCAUUUUUAACUAUUACAAAAAUACCCUUGAGAGAAAUAGCAAGCGCUACCAGGCCCUUGGGCAUUUGCUUGAAUGCUACAUUUAUGAGCUCUUGGAGAAGGUGUGCAAACUACACAAAGUGUAUAUCCCAAGCCAGGCUAUUAUGGAACCAAGGAGCUUCUUUUUCAUGAGUGAGAAUGCUUUAACUAAUACUUCCCUUCUUCUUGUCCUUCUGCAAGAUCAUGGAGUUUUUCGAGCUGGGCAGUGGAGCCAACAGACCAUAGUCCGUCAUGGCCUACAACAUGGAAGUCAAAUACCUUAUAUUCAGCUAGCACUACAAUCAGAUUAUGGUAUCAUCGUAUUAAAUCCCAAUGAUAAUUUCAUGGAUUUAAAAAUGGAAAAAGAGUGUCAAAGUCCUCAAGGAUAUACUAUUGAAUCAUCUUCCAUAGAAAUGUUUCAGACUGGGAACCCAUUUUCAUUGCCAAAGGGUGCCCAAUGCAUUCCUAAAAAAUACAGUAGUACACCUGAAGAACAUACUGCCUACAUAUGGAAUCAUUUCAUUUUGAAAAGUACAGCUAGGAAUGUAGCUUUCGUUGUCCAUGGUUAUGGAGGUUUGGUUUUUAUGGACCUACUUGUACAGAAAAAGUGGGAGGUAAUGAACAAAGUAUAUGCUGUAGCCCUUAUUGAUUCUGCGCACCAUGUAGAGCACCAGCUGGGAAAUGACACACAGCUAUUAGCAUGGAUAAAGCACCACUGUCGUGAAUGGAUAACAAGCCAUAAGCCAUUGGAUAAGCCUGUAGCCACUGUUUUGAAAAUGGAUUGUCCAAAGGUUUCAGCUGGUACAGAAAAUCAUAGCUUAGCACCUUCUACCAGCCUACAAUCAAUUUUCAAAUACCUCAAAAAUGCUUUAAAAGCCAAAACAUCUGUUCAUUUUUCUCGAAUGCCAAUUGUAACUAGAAGCUGCACAAAAAGAAAGCAAAGCACCUAGGUAAAGAGAGAUGCCACUCAAAGCUGCAAUAAGAAUGUUGGAAUGAAAGGGCAGCUUCCACUUCUUCCCAACCUCAGGAUGCUGAAUAACUAUCUGAUUUUGAUUUUUGUUUUUCUUAAAUGUGAAUGUAUUUAUGUUUUUGCAGACUUUAGUUGGGAUAAAAAAAAAGUAAACUGCCAGUCUGCCAUUUUUUUUAUUUUACAGUAUUAAUUUAAAAUCAAAUUUUAGAUUUGUUAUUUUUGAUAAGUCACUUUCUUGAGAAUUUAAAGAUAGCCACUAUAAUUACUGUAGCCUAAUUCAAAUUUAGGGCAAAUUAUAUUCUUUGAUUUAUAAAUGGUUUUGGUGACUCUGUAAAACUGACUAAAAUUAAACAUAAUGAGCAGCA